AUGCAGCCCUCCGACGACCAACCCCCCACCGACCGUCCCGGCACGCCUCCGCGGCCGCCCUACUCGCCGGUAACCCCCGUGCUGUCGCAUCUGGCGCCCGUCCCCAACAACAACAACGGCAACGGCUUCCCCGCAUCGUCCAUCGUCCCGCCGCGAUCGCCUUCGCCCACAAGUCGCGUCGCCCCGUUCGGACUCCCUCCUCCCCCGCCCCCGCCCUCCUUCGUCCCGGAGCCCGCGCCCGUGCCGAUCUCGGAGAGCGAGAAUCCCGACGCGAUCGCGCUGCGCUCGGCGCUUUCGAUCUUGCAGAUGCAGAAGCAGCAGAGUCUUCGCGACAUGCGCACGCUAGAGCGGUUGAAGAAAGCGGCGGCGGCGGAUCCGGAGGGGUUUGCGCGCGAACUGGCGGCGGGGAAUCUGUCGGCGAAGGAGGCGGGGUUUGUGAAUUUCACGCAUGAGGAUGGGGAUGAAGAUGAGGGCGAGGAUGGGGACGGGGACGGGGAGGGACGACAGAGAGAGGGAUCUCGCGCAGGGCUGGGGACGAUACCCACGCCGCAGAACGUGGUGCGCAUGCCGCCGGUCAAUUGGGCCAAGUAUCAGAUCGUGGGCGAGCCGUUGGAUCGCAUGCAUGAGGACCAGCAGCGACGGCCGUUUGCGGGGGAGCCGAGACGAGAGGAUCCGAUGCAGAGAGCGCCGGAGCAUGUGCUGGCUUCGCCGUAUCGGCCGUUGGUGGAUAGGCUGGAGACGCCGGGUAAGGUGAAGGGUACCGGCAAGAGCAAGAAG